CAAACCUGUCAGACACUGACCGCCAUGACUGCCAACGUCCCUUCACGGCUCCUAUGUCCUAUAACCUAAAUGCCGCAAUACCGACCUCCGAUUCGAUGCUCAUAUGUUAGUUGCCGACGAUAUAUCUCCUGCGGUGAAGAUGCAUCUUGAAUGGGCUUGGGGCUUUCAACCACACAAAAUGACCAUCAAGAGCAUCGACAACUGCAUUGCAUACCGUCCAGACAUGUGAAAAUUCCAUCAACGGAGACUUUGCUCUCGUCCCAACGAUAACAACGUUGAACAAGAUGCUCAAUUAUUUCUCACUUCCUUAUAACACUAAUAGGGUCUAUCAUACUCGUAAUUCAGAGACAUCGUUCCGUUACCUUUUCGUACCCAUGACCCCCGCAGGGGAAGCUAUUCGUGAUCAGUAUCUCCUGCAGCAGGAACAAAUCAGUCUCGACUACGAAAAUGCCAUCAACCCCUUAUCUGGAGACCCUAUGGAUCCUGAAGCACUCGAGCAGCUCAAGCAGUUUCGCAUCGUCGUAUCCCACGUACAUCCGUUGUUUGCGGCCAUCACUGCCCAUCAAUGGUUAUUUCCCACUAGGAACCGACCUGGUCACUGGUUCCUUUCGGUAGCGUGUCAUCUCUUCGCUCAAAUAUCUGCGAACGACGUCGAUCCUCCAGCCUGGUUCCGGAGGAGAUAUAAGGGUAUCGAGUUCGAGACCUAUUAUGAUGACGAUGAUGAUAUGGAUGCUAAUACAUCAGACGAAGAACUGCUAAGAGGAGGUCAUCGUUAGUGGUCCCAAGGUCGAUGGCUCUGGGGGAAAUUUACAAGUGGUGCAAAGGGAUGGCUGAACUCUCGAAGAAUCACUGUUACUAAAGG